UGGAGAAGUGCGGUCCAUCUAUGUUGAUACAGAUCUAAAAAACUGGACUAACAGAGAGUCGCUUACGUUGCUCUUCGCAUGGAUUAAUUUUUUUGUUUUAUACCCGAGGAAAAAGUUUUUCAGCGUGGGGGGAAAUUGUUAAAAACCCGCCUUCAACUCCACUGGCUCGGAAAAUUUGGCGACCUGGCUCCAACAUUUGGGCCCCCCCCUCCUCCUCCUCCACUCCCUCCCUCCCCACUCAGCUACUGCAACAAAGUGAAGGUUGAUAUGCCACAGCAGUGAUGGAGCCCAUGACGGUGACGACGUCGGUGGUCGGACCGGACGAGUUCGACCGCAACGCCCCGCGGAUCUGUGGCGUGUGCGGCGACAAGGCCACCGGCUUCCACUUCAAUGCCAUGACCUGCGAGGGCUGCAAGGGGUUCUUCAGGCGCAGCAUGAAGCGUAAAGCCUCCUUCACCUGUCCGUUCAACGGAAGCUGCACCAUCACCAAGGACAACCGGCGUCACUGCCAGGCCUGUCGUCUCAAACGCUGCAUCGACAUCGGCAUGAUGAAAGAGUUCAUCCUGACAGACGAGGAGGUUCAGAGGAAGAAAGAAAUGAUACUGAAGAGGAAGGAGGAAGAGGCGGCCCGGGAGGCGAUGAGGCCACGGCUGAAUGAGGAGCAGGCCCGGAUGAUUUCCUGCCUGGUGGAAGCUCACCACAAGACCUACGAUGCCUCCUAUUCUGACUUCUCCCGCUUCAGGCCUCCAGUGCGUGAAGGCCCAGUAACACGCAGUGCCAGCAGAGCCGCCUCCCUUCACUCUCUGUCUGAUGCUUCGUCUGACUCAUUCAACCACUCUCCUGAGUCAGUGGACACCAAGAUGAACUUAAGCAACUUGUUAAUGAUGUACCAGGACGGCGCCAGCAGUCCGGACUCCAGCGAAGAGGACACCAAGCUGUCCAUGCUGCCCCACCUGGCCGACCUGGUGUCCUACAGCAUCCAGAAGGUCAUCGGUUUUGCCAAGAUGAUUCCAGGCUUCAGAGAGCUGACGGCAGAGGACCAGAUUGCUCUGUUGAAGUCAAGUGCCAUUGAGAUCAUCAUGCUGCGUUCCAACCAGUCGUUCAGUCUGGAGGACAUGUCCUGGAGCUGCGGAGGACCCGACUUCAAAUACUGCAUCAGUGACGUUACAAAGGCGGGUCACACUCUGGAGCUGUUGGAGCCGCUGGUGAAGUUCCAGGUCGGACUGAAGAAGCUCAACCUGCACGAAGAGGAACACGUGCUGCUCAUGGCCAUCUGCCUGCUCUCCCCAGAUCGUCCAGGUGUCCAAGACCACGCCCGCAUCGAGCAGCUGCAGGACCGCCUGUCGGAGGCGCUGCAGGCCUACAUCCGGGUCAACCACCCGGGCGGACGCCUCCUCUACGCCAAGAUGAUCCAGAAACUGGCCGACCUGCGCAGCCUGAACGAGGAGCACUCCAAGCAGUACCGCUCGCUCUCCUUCCAGCCGGAGCACAGCAUGCAGCUCACCCCGCUGGUGCUGGAGGUGUUUGGUAGCGAGGUGUCAUAGCAGAGGAGGAAGCAAGCACGUAAACAAAUACACCCUCAUCACACACAGGAUGAUUAAACAACCCCCACCCCCCACCCCCCUCCCCCCGAGAACACCCCAGCCUUGAUACAUCCCUGGACAUGUGGGAGAAAGAUUAAUAUUCAGAUAGGUAGACAGUAACCUUCACCUCCUUCAUCAUUGGCCCACCCUCCUCCUCUUCCUCCUGGCCUCCAGGAGCAAGACUCAGAUCAGGGUUCAAGUCACCUGAAUGCGCUGUGGAUGUCUGCAGCGCUCGGAUAGGGUUUGCAAACACAGUACCGCAUUACAUUUCAUUAGGUCACGCGGAUAUCCUGACACACUGACAUCUGGAACAGCUGGACAUCCUGAUCCUCUCCACGAUCCACAAACUCCAGAUUUGCCUUUUCUCAUCACCUUUCCCCAGACAUCACUUCUAGAUUCCUGCCAUAUUUUUUUUUAAUUUUUAAUUUUAUUUUUUUACAGCGGAGACAGCUCGACGGAUGUGACCGCCACAUCCCUUUUUUUACCGUCAUCCUCAUAACAUUGCUUCAUGUUCACAUCAUCGUGACGACAGACAGGUAUAGAUACACAGAUUUACAUCGAUUAACCAUGCUGGCACUGCAGGUACAGAUAAACUGCUAGCCAUGUUACUACACUAGUGUUAGAUAGCUAUAAACUAUUGUUGAUUUGCAGUUUGUUUGACAGCAAAUACAUCCAAAUAUAUUAAACAUCCGCAUAGCCAGCCAUGGGCAAGCUUACAGUAAUGUAAUGGAAAUAAUACUUGGUUUCACUGGUUUUUAAAAAUACUCGGUGAAGAUGGGAGUCUGGCGGGUGUGUUUUCCUGCUUAGCCCUGUGUAUCUGUGUAGGCGAGGUCUCAGAUGGUCCGAUGAAGUGAAGAAAGGAAUUUUAAGUAGGAAUGUUUCAGCGUAGGAAUGGUGGGAGAGGAAAGGUGAGAUUCGGAGGAAUGAGUAAAGGAGAUCUGGUAGAUGGAGGGAGAUGCUACGGUUGGAAUUCCCUGUUCACAAGACAAAAGGGAAUUUCACAAAACAAGAAUGUAUGUAUAAUGCUAUAUAAAUAUAAAUGAUACGUAUAAGCUGAUAUAUAUAAAUAUAUAUAUAUAGAAAUAUUUAAGAGAGCAAAACAUGGUUGCUUCCACGGAGGCAAACAGUUCUGAGUGUUGUAUAAUGUAGAGGAUUCGAAGGCCCCUCCUCAGUUGAGUGUGUAUGUGUACUCUUUCAAAAGACAAAUGUAUACACGCAUAAAGAAAGCGCUGAGAAGUGUGCGAGGAGUCCUUCUAUUUUUGUGAUGUGUGUACAGUAUAUGAGAAUAUUGAUGGACCACAAGGGGGUGUGUGUACAGGCUCUGACUGAGGGUUUAGUGCAGGGAAGCACUUCACUGUUGGAUUUUUGUCGUUAUUGGACCUGUGAAGUUUGUAGACUGACAUACGCAAACACAACGUCAUAUUUCGUGGAUAGCGAUUAUCCAAAAAAAAAAAAAUAUUUGUCCGGCUGGUUAGAUUGCUGCUAAGACAGUUAGAGCUAGAUAGUUGGGUAGAAAACCAACUACCGGCUGUUGCCUCAGGGAAAAGUUUGUCUGAUGAUAUUGUGUACUUGGUGUUUACGGUGUGUGUGGCGUAAGCUUACAAUCAUGAGACGGAGAUUGUUUUUGAAGCUCUAGGCAUCACUGUGAUUUCUAAUCAUACUAAAUAACAGCAUAAGUAAGCUAAAAGUGAAACUUUUUAAAACGGAUUACUACAAUAUUUUCAUUCCUAAGCUUCUGUUCAAAAAAACACAAAAAAAAAAACCAACAAAAAAAGAAAAAAAAAAACUCCUCUUAUGAAACGGUUUGCAUUAUCGUACAAUGCAUUACAGAUCAUUACAGUCAAAGUUGACAUACCCAUUAAAUGGCAACAUUUUGAAAAACACAGAAUCCCCUGUGUUUAAAACAUUGCUUGAUUAAUAUCAGCCUUAAGUUCAGUUUGUUUUUCUUUCUUCAGGGCAAAGUGAAUAUUCUACAAAUGGUAGCAAUAUACAGUAGUUGAACAUUGUAUAGCCUGUAUAGUGUUUUUUGGAAUGAAAUCCUUCAGAUGCUCUUAACAGCAGGACAGAGUUGUAAAAACAUGAGAAAGAAGAACUUUUUUAUAUUCAGUAUAAAAUCAAGCCUCAUGCCGUUUUGUCACAUUUAUAUCAUUUCAACACCAGCCGCAUAAGCGAGGUUUUAGGAUGUUACUUUUCAACAUCACUACAUAUCAUAUCACGUUUCUGUUGACACGGUGCAUGCUCUCCCCUCACGCAGGCCUGGAUCACCCCCUUGUGGACAAACUUUGUAAAUACCACUUGCUAAGUCUGUACAUAGUUAGAGAUUAAUGUAGGCAAAAUACUAAGAGAAUUCAAUUGUUGAUGGCAAGAUGCUCUGGAAAUACAGCACUAUAUGCAAUUAGGAGAUGGACUCUUAUGUUGUAUUUAACUAGAAUGCACAGAGGUGGCAAUCCUGGUUGAAGUGACUGAGUUGUUUCAGGGAGCGCCGAAGAAAAAUGUCGGACUCGGGUUUGACCAGUACGGCUUUUUGCAAGCUUGAUAUUUCCGACAGGAAGCGCUUGGGAGCCGAUAUUCACAAAUUUCGAAAAUUUGACCAAUUUCAUAUCGACAAAAGACAGAAGAGAAGAGCAGGUUUUCACAGACCGACCCAAAUGAAAAACAAUCUGGCCAAUAUAUAGUCCCCCAAUGAAAGGGCCAGCAUUGGUCCAACCCUGUUUUGGAUGAUAAGCUCUUAACCGAAAUGAACAUUAGUGCAACGAUGGGACUCAGAAACCUAAUGUGUCGUAAUUUGCAAAAGGCUUUUCACGUGACUGAACAUUCCCAGUGGUGGUUGUUGUGUAGAGCAUUCCAACUGGCUGAGUCUCACGCACGAUCUACACGCGCAAACAUCGGUGUGUGAACAUCCUUAACUGUCUGGCAGCCUUUUUCUGAAGGCGCCCAGCAACUCAGUGUGUCACCACAGGAAGUGUCCCCUCUGUGCGUUCCAGGCUUAUGGAUGUACGUCUUUUUCUCUUUUCUCUCUCUCUCUCUCUCUCUCUCUCUCUCUCUCUCUCUCUCUGAAGUCAAUCGAUAAGCUUUUGACAAUUAUACAGUAUAUCCAUAAUAUUUUUCAUUUUGGUGAAAAUCUUUUUUUUUUUUCUUUUUUUUUUUCCUCUGUUUUCUUUUGUUCUUUUCAAGAUUGUCAAUUGUAAUGUGUGUCAGAGUUUGCUGUCUAGCUAGUGCUUGGCUUGCUGCGCUGGGACGUCAUUUUAAUGAAGCAGAGAUGAGCAAAGUGGACUCCUGGAGCCUUUUCCAAGCGCAAAUGAACAAGCUCCCCCUUCCCUUGAUCCCCCUUGAGUUCAACUGAGUGUAUACAGAAUAGCCCCUUUUUAACUAAUGAUGUGGCUUCACCUUUCUUGUUUGGACAAGGGAGGGACUCUGGCAUUCAUUCUCCUUCCUUUUUUUCCUGAUGGAAUAACAAAAGACUUGUCAUUGCAGCCAUGUUAUACCUGGAUGUGUAGCCACGCAGUGGAGCUACGUCUUUGUUAAUGGAAAGGCAGUCCCCAGCUCUGUAUAAAAAACAAAACAAAACAAAACAAAACAAAAAAACAGCUACAUGUACUUUCCCAGAAGCAGGAUGUCAAACACAGUCAAGUGUUCAUAAACUAACACUGCCUCAACUGACUGACACAGGAUUUAGCCAGUGGCAAACUGUCGCAGCAACAGCAUGGGCGUGCCUCUUCAUUCGUCACCCAACCAUCUAACCGCCUCUUCUUCUGCAAUAGCCAAUUACAGCAGGAUUACUCUUCAUAGCUUUAACUCGGCAGCCAGUCCUGCUCUGCUUUUUAUGGAAAACUGUGGCGCACCAAGGGCUGAUGGGAGUCUGAGAUUUAGUGGAACAGGCUGCUGUGAGAUUGGACGUGUGAUGACAUGCAUGACGACGCAGAAAGAAACGGCUCCUUUGUCCCCGUCUGACCUGGAAAAAAAAAAAAACCUUUUCGGAUCAGACGUCCAGAAGACUGUGUAGAGUUCGUAGACUGUAAGAGAUAAAAAAAAGUAUUUUUAAAAAACGAGAAUCGCCACAGGCAGAUGUAGUGACGUGCUGUACAGGCAGAGUGUGCAGUGACUGACUGAGAUGUCGCCUCCUUAACCCAAAGCGUGACAUUACCUUUCUCACUACUCUGUGUCUCGCAUCGCAGCUCUUGACAUUUUUAAGGAAUAGUUGUUGAAUGACAUAUAUAUAUAUAAAAAAGUGGACUUUUUACAUACAACAUCAACACCUACAUCAUCUGUUUGAAAAAGGAAUGCAGGACGGGGUGAUGGGGCGAGAGUCUGCUCAGCUGUGGGUUCUGAGAGUGAAAUUAUGUAACUUUGCUAUGCUGCUGAUGGGACGCUGAUUUUCCUCUUAUUUUCCAUUAUUAAUGGUUAAAAAGUUUUAGGUCAUACAAGGAGAAUAUUAAGCCUGCAAGACGGAUCUGACUUAGUAUUUUUACACUAACGGUUAACACGAGGACUGUAGCUGAUGCUAGAAGCCAUUAGCACUCAGAUGGACCCAAACAAAGCUGAAGUCUCUCUCUCUCUCCUCACCCCUCCUCCCCUCAACCCAGGUCAGCAGCUCCACCUCAGUAGCCUUACUUACAGAAACCUCACUCAGCUGGAAAACAUUUAAACAGAUACCUCAAUAAUUUACAGAAUGACUUUUUUACAAUAGCUUUUAAGGGAACCAAACAUAAACUCAUACCACACACAUACACUCAGACAGACACACUACAACUCUUUCCUCAAUCUUUGCAGUGUUUUUACGUCAAACAUACAGUGAACUAGUUGCCAGUCGUUGUAUGAAGAAGAAGAUUGUCCAGUAGAAUCCUGUUGCCAGUAGACCAGUCAGUAUACGAGUGGAUCCCAAUGUUUCUAAAUGUUAACUGUCACUCUGCUGUUUUUUCUGCUUUACUCACUUGAUCCUCAUCUCUGCCUCAUUUCUGUAUUUUCUGUCUUCGUUGUCUCUCUGUCUCUACAAACAGAUGACGUGCCGCUAAGCUUUGGCGCUGCGUUUAACCAAACAUACUACCUCUCCCUUCCGCACAUAUAUAUAUAUAUAUAGAUAUAUAUAUCUAUAUAUCUAUAUAUAGAUAUAUAUAUUUAUUAUUCUUUAUUUUUUUGUCACAGCAUGAUUUUAUUAUAAAAAAAACAUCAGUUUUUAUUUUAACACUAAUUUAGAAAGGUUUUGUGUACAUGUACAGUAUAUUCCUUUUUAUCUCUUUUUCUCUUUUCAAAUGCUGGAUGAUUUUUUUACCUCAAAAAUCUCAAUAUAAGCCUACAAAUCUUAAAGUCAGUAAAUCAGAGGCCUCUUUAGCAUCGCUUCACCUGGAGUGUGUAAAUGCAUAUUAAAAACUCUGUACGGAAGUAAGGCUACGUUCACAUAGCAGCCAGAAACUCUCUUCAGUCUUCAUGUGACACAGAUAUAAUGUUUCCUAAUCAUUUUUGAUUAAUUUGUUCAACAACAAAUACGCAAGUUAAUGUUGUGAUAUACCCCAGACACAUAACUCUAAAUAAAUCUCAGCCACAGUUAAAACUGGAAGACGCAUCUGGAACAGAAAAGUGUUAGAAAGUACUGAGAGUUCAAUACUAUCAUCUGUAUAAACUUGGUUUAUAAACUGAGUUUGUAGAAAGACAAGGACGUAGAGGAGUGAAGUUAAUUCGCUCUCUCAAAGAGAAAGAAAUUCAUGCCACUCUCAUAUUUGAACAUGAAAUAUAAAGUUAGAUUCGGGAGCUAAUUACCUUAGCUUAAAGAGUAGAAGCAGGGGAAGUGGCUAGCCACUUAAAAAAAAACACUUUAGCUUUUGUACGGGUGAAACAAAUGAGAUAUAAUGUUCAGUUUUGAGCCGUAGAGGUGCUGGUAGACAGGCUAGCUGCUUCCCAUGUUUACUUGAAGCUAACUGUCUCCUGGCUGUAGUUUCAUGUUUAAUGUUCAUCUUCUCAUUUACUAUAUCUCUCAGCAAGAAAGCAAAUAAGCAUAUUCCUCCAAACUUCCUGUAGAGGCCCAUAUAUUACACAUUUCCUGUGUUUUAUUUGAAGUGUUGAUCCAUAAGAAGAUAUAUUUGUAGUUUUAAGAACCAAAAACCAGCUCAGUGUAGUUUUACAUCUCUCUCAGGCUUCUCUCUGGAGCUCUAGUAAAAGCAGGCCGGUGAGCCAAUCAGAAGAGUAAAGCUAUUAAAACAAGAAAAGCAAAAAGGAAAAUCUGCAUCAAAGCAGACUUUAAAAAAAGGAUUAAAAGAGACAGCUUAUCCAGAGCAUGCUGGGAUAGAGAUAAAAACCUGCUAUGUGAAUGUAGCAUAAAAACCUCGGAGUGGAUGUGAGUCGGUGGCAGGCGGUCCUGCUCGAGUCAAGCAACGGCCCUCAAAAAUACUUUUGAUGCUACUAAACCAACAGGUGCCGCUGCCGUAAAGCGCCACCUGAUUAGGCCAGAAGACUUGUUUGUUGCGUCCGUCUGAUGGCUGGCGCUCCACCGAGCUGCCAACAAUUGUUCUCUGGGCUUCUCUGUAGAGCUCAAAGUGGCGGGUUUGCUGCCGCACACUUCAAAACAUCGCAGGCUUGUGCGAAGGUUUUGAGCUUCACACAAGCGUUCAGAGACGAGAGAUGGGGAGGUCUCUGCAUCGAUUUCAUACUGACUCAAAAUAAAGGGAGUGGUAGUUUGACUUUGAUAACUAGCUCUGUCCUAACACAUAAAAUGUAAAAAAAGUAGUGCUGUGGCCUGGACGUAACAACCAGUGCAGUGUUGUCCCUCAGUCAGCUUCGCUUCUGUAUGGCGGGUUUCCUGUGUGUUCCUCUCUAGCUGUAAGCUUUCCUCAAAGGUCUGAUAAGGGUUUGUAACAUUGGGAUCCCAUUUUAGAUGUUCUACAUACAAAUAGUGCAUUUUUUUUUUCUUUUUCUGCUGAGUCUCACACACCCGCUCUAGCCCAACCUCAGCACUCUGCCUUCUUCUGACCCCCCCCCCCCCUAACUCUGGUUUAUUUGCUGCUCUCACUCAGCUUUCAGACGAGCAGGCCUUCAAAUAUAUAUGCUGUGAAUGACACACCAAGCCUUUAGUGAUCACUCUUUGUAUUAUACUGACUUAACGAAUCACGUAUCUGCUCACAGCAUGUGGAAGCUGAGGCUCCUCUAAGGUUCAUUUAUUACCAUCAGCUGCUGUUGAUAGAAAAGCUUUGGACAGAUGUGGAAAUUCACAGAUUGAAUGAGUUUAAUCAGAUCUUAAAGUAUUUGAUAUUUUAAUGAUGCAGUUUUAUUGUGUUGAAAUCGUAUCGGAUUCAUGUCCUUUUGGGAAAAGGAGGAAAUAAUAAAAGGUGACACCCAAUUUGCGGAUAUGACCAAAAAAAAAAAAAAGUAAUUUGAAACAGAUACAAGCUUAUUUUUUGAUUAAAUGAAAUUAGUUUUAUCCUGAAAAAUGAGAUGAAAUUGAACAGAAUCAAAUUUUUUUUUUUUGACAGACGUUUCAGUGGGUCUCAGUUUGGGAGGUGCCUCAGUUACUGUGGGCGGCUCCCACUGAAUCAUUGAACCUGAGGAGAGCAAGUAGAUGGAAAGUCAGCUUUUCUACUGUCGCGACAGAUGGAUGGUCGUCGUUCAUCUGUCGCUCUGAUUGCGUUUCUCUGCUACCUCUUUGAAUAUGCGCUUGCUCAUACACACAUGCACUUAAAACAGCUGCUCUCGAACACAAACUUACACUCAUACUGACUGACUGAAAAAUACAAGACACUGAACACGGCACACACACAUACACACCCACACACACACAUACACACACAAACACAUACACACACACAAACAAAACGCACACUUGUGUGCACUUCUUUCUCCCUCACCAGCAGUUUUUGCCAAUGAUGCACUUGUGUUUUUGUCUCUAAAUGCUCUGCAAAACGUGUGAUGUCGAAAAAUGAUUUAUUGUCAUCAUGUUUGUUUUUUCUUUUUUUUCUCUUUUUUUUAAAACUCUAAUCUAUAUAUAUAUAAAAAAAGAUCUGGGGUAGCCAGGUGGUUAGAAAUAAAUUGAACAUUAAUUCAUUCAGUACAUACAGAAAGUUUCAUGUCUUUUUAAAAAAAAUAAUAAACAUAAAUGCACAUAUUGCUCAGCUCAGUUGAACCUUGGUGUGCCUAGAACCCACAGCCUUAUUUUGGGACAAUAUCAGGGGUUUUAAACCAGAAUACAGGACGGUCCGUCUUCGUAUUACUGAUGUUAAGACAGUUUCAUUGAGUUUUAGUAGCUGUUUUUUCCUCUCUUCAUAUCCACACAUUUGUUAGUUUCUUCAAUUGUUGUAUCAACAGUAGUUUGCUUGUGGGAGGUGCGUGUGACUGGGAUGUGCUACGUCAGAGUCUGCUGUCUGCUGGUUCAUUCAGUGCUUUUAUUUAUUCCCCUUCACUGGCUCUUCAGUGACACUCGCUUCUUGUAACGCCAUCCUGCUUUCUAAAAACGAUUAAGUAAAAAUCCCCCUCUAAUGAAACUUCUAGAUUUUAUUUAAUUUGACUUACUUUAAUUUCGUUUCCUCAGAAUGUCCAGCAGACUGUGACCUCCCAUAGCACGACCUGCUCUCAUCAUUAGGAGAAUACACACACACAAAGAAACAAAACGUUUAUAAUCAUAGUUGAUCUCAGUAGAGUCCCAAGAUAAGAACCUUUAUCUUCACACAUGCACACCACAUCGCAGUAAAACUCACCAGACCUCAGUGCUUCUAGCAGAAACUCGUCUUUUCAACAUAAACAGUUGCCAUGGCAUCGCUGUUGAUGGCAGCAUCAGCAGCUCUAUAUGAGAAUAAAUAGUGUUAUACAUAUAGUACCUUAACCAAUGUCUCUCUUCGUGGUUAAAAUCACCGCCUGUUUUUUGUGUUGCUCUUUUCUUUUCUUUUUUUUUUUUUUGCUCUUCUCUUUGAAGUUGAUCCAUUGUACUUUGAUUACAUGCAUUGUAUGUAGUAAAAUACUGAUAAUGUUUUGGGGAAAUCACAAAUAAAACAGCUGUACAUAAUGAUGCAAAACACCCCCACCCCCCCUGCCGCCCCGGCUUCCUGUUGUUUUUGUGUUUCUGUCUGAAAGUCUGGUUUGUUGGGUGUAAAGAAGACACGUGGAUCGCAGAGAAUAAGGUUAAAAUUCACCCAAAUUAUGAAAAACCUGGUUUUGAGAUAUGUGUGUAAACAGAAUGUAAUAUAUCACAUUCACAGCAUUAAAAAAAAUUACAAUCAAAAAUCA